GUACAACGAGGCAGUGUCAUCGAUUUGUUUUGGCAGCGUUUUCUAGAGUGUUCAACUUUCUUCGGCCGCUUUUGAUUCAAUUAUCAUUUACUUUUUGCUGAUCAAUGGAAUUUAUUUAAAAUAGAAAGUUUCGGAACAUCUGUCAUUAUGAUCAUCGAUAACCAGAAAUCCACCAGUAAAACUACGCUUCUGAAACUGAUGCUGAUGCGGGCUUGGAAAGAACGCUGGACCGAUUGCCAAUGGGGGAUCAACGUGAAAACGGUUUUGACCCGAGGCGUCAGUGGCGACGUCUACAAUUUGGCAGACUGUAUUGUACAACAGGCUGUCGUGGGCUCCGGCGCAAACACGCUCUUUCUGUCGUAUUUGAAACAUUCGCUCUGCGCCCAUCUCAUCUCCUACGCGGCUGUUUUGAAGCGGAUUUCAAAAUACGAACAUUUUGAAAUGUCCCACUGUUUGAUCGCGCUGCUUGAGUUUCUCGAUUCCAUCUUCGCAGGGGUGACCUGUCGGGGAAAGCAGGAGGAAAGCCUAUUGACCAAAGCAAUGGUUUCGUUGGUUUAUUGGUUGAUGCAAAUCUACGAACACACCAUUGAGGUCUUCAGUGAAAAUCGCGCGCUAACGGGUGAACAGCAGGAAGUGGUCGAGAAAAUGGCUCACGUGCUUGAGAAAAUUGUUCAAAGUCAAUUUCUACUGGGCGUCGUGUAUGUCGGUCGCUUCGAAGAUCCGGAUAUGUACAGUAUACUGGAGAAGAAAUGCGCUGGUAUCGACAAUAUUACGGUUGCUUCUGGUUUCGUUCCCUUGGCAGUUUGCCAGAAGAAUAUGACCGUUAACGAUUAUAUACGAAAAUUGGCUUGUAUCGAUUGUGAGACUUUGGAAAUGAAGGAAUUUGACAGCAGGAAUGUCGAGUCGAUCUCUUACUGUUUACAGCCCCUGAUUGCAAUUGAUUUCAUCCUCAGUCCAAAUUGCGACAAUCAAACCUACGUUGCAAAAUUUGUUGCGAUACAACGGCUAAAAGGUUACUCACUGUCCAGGUUAUACUACGAAGUUAUCCGAGCUUGUCUCGUUUGUCUCAACAAUGUAAACGGAACUUCACGGGAAUCGUUUGUCUGUGCUUUCACGUUCAUCAAGGUUCCGCACAUUUUGCGACAAACUCACUUCCAGUCGCGCCUGCUUAAUCCGAACGAGUUCGAAGAUGCUAAGCUCGAUUAUUCACCGGAAAUUGUAGAAGCUUUUGAGUUGCUUCUGCAGGAUGCUCCAAUUCUGGACUUUGUAGACGCAAAAUGCGCGUGCAAUACAAUCGAAUGCCUCUUGAAUGAAAUGUUGAAGCACCAUUUGGUUAAUGAGCACUACAUGAAGCUAAUCGCGGCGAAAAGAGAUAUGAUCACUGCUGGCUUGCAGAAGCUAGAGUUGAAUACCAACCAGCACUCGAUCGUGAAGUUUGUUUAUAGAGCAGAACCACCGCUGGUAGGCAUUUUGAAAUCUCUCAACGCUGACUACAACAAGAUGCAGGAAGCAAUGCUUGGAGUUCUGUGCCAGGUGUUAUCUGGUAACAGUUUUGAGCUUAUACUUUCGGUGGCUACCAUGGAGGGCAAACUGAAAACUUUCGUUUCCGGACUGAUCAAGUGCAACGAAAACUCGAAGCAAGUUCCGGGUGAGAUGGGCAAACCAGCUAUGACUCGGGCCGCCCUGUUCGAUGUAACAUUUCUAAUGCUGACCUUCAUUGUGCAACAUUAUGGAUCGGAUGUAGUUCUGACUGAAAACAGUGAUUCGUUCUUCGAAAAGUGGGUUCGCGAGUACAUGAUCGAAAAGCACAAAUCGAAAUCACCCAUGGCAAUGGUUAGAUCGUGCGACCAGAACAAAGUUGAUGAACUGAUCGUCAGCCUGAACUCACCGGAAGGACUGAAAGCUACGGCACUAAAGUGGCAAGAUAUUUGCGCCAACAUUCCGGGAUUGCUGUAUCAGGUUCUGCUAGCGUGGGAAAAUGAAACACUUUCCACUGGAGAAAUCAAGAAAUUUCUCGAUAGUUUGAAAUCCCGUUUCUGUUGCUUUUCGAUAUGUGCAGCUUCGUGGCUGUGUGCCUACAUGCAGAUCGUCCGACAAGAUGAACUGCUGAAACCGAUGAACAUGGUACAACAGUUCCUGACGGCCAUCAACAGUGAGGACAUGCUACAGCAGGAAAACCUCAAGGAACGGCUUAUGCUAACCGUUCAGAUUGUGCGCAAAAUGCAACAAGAUUUUCAACGUUUGCCGGGAGCCAAUGUGAAGCUGAGAAGUAUGUUUCAGUCGCAGAAUUUGAUCUCGCAAGCCCCAUUGGAGGAACAAUUCGAGGAGGUUUGGAAUAACGUGGUGGAACGCGGCUGGCUGCCCAUCGAUUCAACGCUAAUUUUGGAGAAUCUUUUGCAAUCUUGUGGACCGUUUUGGUUGGUCGAUAAACUUGUACAGCAAAUCUAUGGAUGCAAGUAUGUAAGGGAUAUGAGAAAAACUAUGGAUAUUGUUUUCGCUAUCAUGCAUUUGGAUAUCGAAAGAUGUACCGUCGCUCUGUUGUCGCAACUCGUACCGAUGAUGUUGCUGAAUAAGCUACAAAUUUCCGAAAUCAUCGAUCCCUUUUCGCGCGUGUUAGCAAAACUGUGUGUCUACUGCAUCAUAGCCACGAUGGAAGCUCCAACAUCACCGACGAAAAAACGCUCCCGUACGGCCUUGACAGCCGCCGGAGAGGGAGACGAGUUGGACGCGCUUUGCCCCACACCGAAGUUGCGCAAAAUGGGUUCCGAAUCGUGCGAUUCUAGCUCUAGUGAUUUCAUGCUGGAAAACGCCCUAGCGGUCCGGGAUGGACCAAGCAAUCUGAAGGAACCGCUGCAGACGUGCCUGCAGGCACUGUUCAAAACGUUCGCACAGUAUAUCGUUUCGGAUGAACUAUCGCCGAAGAUUUUCUUCAUGUUCCAGUUUCUCUCGCUGUUGGUCGAGGUGGGCAAGGACAGAAUCAAACCGGUGCUGAAGCUCAUCCCGAACGGCUUGAUUCAAAACAUGCUGAAAAUCAACGCCACCGAUGAUAUGACGGUUGGCUUUAUUCUAAGACUGUACGACCUCAACACAGCAUCAGGCAGACAAUUUGCAAUGUCAGAUUUAUGUUUAUUUCGAAACAUAGAUAUGCGCAAGGAUAGCAUUAAACUGUGACACCGCUGUGGCAAGGAAACCGGAAGAAAAUACAGCAGUCGAUAAAAAAACCCAGGUGAUCAGAAAAGUCUGAAACCGGAAAGAUCCAGUUCUGCAUAGAUGCAGUGAUUCAGUGAUCAUAUCGUGAAGGAUGCAAAUCAUUUGUUAGAUAUAUUGGUAGUGUUUUACCUGCUCACGGUGAACAGGACCAUGCCAUGAGUUCAAGAAGGACGGUGAACUGAUCGGUGUGACGUAACUCCGUGGCAACAUGUGCCUGCUGACAUACAGUUUACCAGUUACAGGAGUGCUUGCAUGGUCUUAAUGUUCCCAUAUGUUAGAAGGAGAGGCUGAACCAAGUAUUGUUGAAGCUUUAAGAGAUCGUAACAUGACUAUUACUAGUAUACCCAGAUUGGCGAGAGGCGGAACAUCUACGAAGGCGCGCGCUGGACGUUGGAUAAUUCGGAGAUCUACGACGAACAGUUGGUCCGCGUGCGACCAGACCGAGUCAAGCGCCAAACACAUUGUUUUGAGUAAUUAGCAAUUGAAGUUUGACCACCCAUAAAUUAAUCGUGUUUGAACUUAUCACUGAUUCAAUGCUAACACGUAAUGAACAGGGCUUAAUGAAUGUUCUGUUAUCAUAAAUACAUAUUUGGUUUUUAUUUUUGACACUUAUGCACUCAGUUCACUCUGGUCGAACAAAAACUUUAAAAAAUGGUCUUCAGUUUGGUCUGGUCCAACGUAUUUACUACAACAUAUCAACUUGACUAUUAAACAAGCUAUUUUUUCUCACUAGUCAAACGUAAUACAUAGAUAUCAACGCUGCUUUAACUCUCAGCCCAAUCUGUAUCAAAAAUUAUACAGCUGAUAGACAAACAAAGCUUUAUUUCUGUUGCUCUAUUUCCUGGUGCCAAAGCGCACCAAGUGGUAAGUGUUAAGAUAGUAUCAAUAUGAAAUGCUCUGGUAUUUUGAAGCGAGUAUUGUCUAGUUUUAUUGAUUUAACGUAUAUUAACCCAGACCUGAAGUAUGUUACAAGAAAAAAAAUAAUUUUAUUUGAAAAAUGUCGAAUGAAAAUAAAAUGCACUUGGUUCGGUCUGGCUCAACAAGAUCGUGAAAAAAAGUGAUGUGCCUAUUGAAACGAAGUUCGGCUCUGCGAAAACCACCUGGCUGUUUAUUUAUCUAAUUCUUAUGACAGUCGUCUUAACGAGCUGUCCGG